CCAGCGCGGCUCGGCCGGCAGCGCCCACGCACCGCCGGGCACCCGCCUGCCCUCCCUCCCUGCUCCCGCCCCUCCUCCUUCUCCGGGACUCUCCGCCGGGAUCGGCCCCGCUGUUGUUGUUGCUGUUGGCCGGCGCGGCCACAUCGAGGAUAUUUUGGCUCCCCGGCGCCUCGUUGUUUUGGGCUCUCUCCGUGUGCGCGGUGCCGGUGCCGCCUCCCCGGGAGCGACGCGCAGGAGCGCCGGGAUAUCGGGGGCCAGAUGAGUGAUUUUGGGAUCAGGAACAUGGAUCAAGUAGCUCCUGUGUCGAACAUGUACAGAGGAAUGCUCAAGCGUCAGCCGGCGUUUGACACCUUUGACAGCUCAAAUGCUCUUUUUGCCGGGUAUUUUUUCUCGCUAAACGAAGACCAGACGCUUCAAGAAGUGCCAACGGGAUUUGAUUCUACUUCUUAUGAGUCCAACAACUGUGAAUUGCCUCUGUUAACCCCGUGCAGCAAGGCUGUGAUGAGUCAGGCCUUGAAAGAUACUUUCAGUGGUUUCACAAAGGAACAGUGUCGGCUGGGUAUCCCAAAUAAUCCCUGGCUGUGGACUGAACAGCAAGUUUGCCAGUGGCUUUCAUGGGCUACCAAUGAGUUUAGCUUGGCAAAUGUGAACUUCCACCAGUUUCUUAUGAGUGGCCAAGACUUGUGCAACCUGGGCAAGGAGCGUUUCCUGGAACUGGCACCUGACUAUGUGGGUGAUAUUCUGUGGGAACACCUGGAACAGAUGAUAAAAGACAGCCAAGAGAAAACACAGGAUCAGUAUGUGGAGAACUCUCAUCUCACCUCUGUUCCUCACUGGGUCAGCAAUAAUUCCUUAACUGUUAAUGUAGAUCAGAACUCCUAUGGAAUGCAAAUGCCUGGAUACCCUAAAGCCCUCAGUUAUCCCAAACCCAGCCUCCUGACUGACGUCUGUCAGACUUCCACAGCACCGAAUCUCCUCAAUCCAGAACAAGAGUUUUCAUUGUUCCCUAAAGCCCAAGCAGAUGCUGUUGGUGUGAACUACUGCACAGUAAACCAGGAUUUCUCAAGGAACAACCUGAAUUUGCUGAUGGAUAAUUCUGGUAAGCUGAGAGAACAUGAGUCCAGUGACAGCGGUGCAGAAAGCUAUGAAAGCUCAGAUUCCAUGUUGCAGUCCUGGAACAGCCAAUCUUCCCUGGUGGAUUUACAGCGUGUGCCAUCCUAUGAGAGUUUUGAGGAUGACUGUAGCCAGUCCUUGUGCCUGAGCAAACCUACAAUGUCUUUCAAAGACUAUAUUCAAGAAAGGAGCGAUCCUGUGGAGCAAGGGAAACCAGUUAUACCAGCAGCCAUCCUGGCUGGCUUCACUGGCAGUGGACCUAUACAGCUGUGGCAAUUCCUGCUGGAAUUACUGACUGACAAGUCCUGUCAGUCAUUCAUUAGUUGGACAGGAGAUGGAUGGGAAUUUAAACUUGCUGAUCCAGAUGAGGUGGCCCGGCGGUGGGGGAGGAGGAAAAACAAGCCCAAGAUGAACUACGAGAAGCUGAGCCGGGGCCUGCGCUACUACUACGACAAGAACAUCAUCCACAAGACGUCGGGGAAGCGCUACGUGUACCGCUUCGUCUGUGACCUCCACAACCUGCUGGGCUACACGGCCGAGGAGCUCCACGCCAUGCUGGGUGUCCAGCCCGAUACCGAGGACUGAGCCCCCCGCCCCGGGGAGAGGGGGGGAAAGACCACCUGGUGUGGGGACUCCGUGUGGGAAGGGAGCCUGUUCUCCCGCCUGUGCUCCGGCCGGGGCGCCGCUCUUGGGGAAAUCGGGACCUUGGCGGGUGCGAGAGCCUGAGGGAGGUUUUGGGCCUCUGGGUGUUGUCGGUCGGCGCAGCCCCCUGGAUCUGUGGCGAGGACACGGAAAACGCUCUGGGAUGCUCUGGGAUGCGGCGUUCCCGCCGCGCAAAAGGCGUUUUCGGCUACUUUUAACGCCGCCCUGUAAAUAAAGGGGUGGCUUUAAAACCAAAGGUUGGGGUGUGGAGAGACCAGCGGUGCAGCAGAAGUGUUGCUCAGAUGUUUUUAAGACGCCGUCACUGCUUACGUCGUGCAUCUUUAUCGCGUAAAGAUUAUCGUUGCAUCUUUAUUUAAAAACGAAAAGCUAAUUUAUUUGAAAACGAGCAGCGAGGAGACCGAUAGUACUUUUGUUUUAAAGCACGUUUUAUUAUUAUUAUUAUUAUUAUUAUUAUUGUUAUUACUGCUCCAGGAAUGUGCUGCACAGGUACAUAAGCACUCCGUGUCCAAAACCAGAUGUAGCAACUGUUAAAAAAAAACAAAACAAAAAAAACCAACAAAACCAACAAAAAAACAACCCACCCUUUAAAAAAAAGGGAAGGAAAAUCAUACCAUUUCAAUAUUGAGUUUAUAUAUAUAUAUAUUCUGUGAUUCCUUUGGAAACUCUAAUGUUCCUAUUUAACAGAUACUGUAUAGUGUAAAUUAAACUAAUUGUAUGUGUGGUUUUGAAAUAGGAUGAAUGUAAACUUAUCAGAUGUGGGGGUUUUUUUCAUGUUUGUCUAGGAUAUACAAACUUCUGCAAAUAUUUAAUUGGCCUGAGAGACAACAGAAGUGCUCAGUAUGCAUGAAUAUGGGGGGGGGGGGGGGGGCUGGCUCAGAGUUUUGCCAAAGCUGGCAAUUCUUUGUGCACUUUGGCAUUUUUACAGGAAACUAAUGUUGUAUUCUGGGACAUAAAAGGGCCUGUUUGUGGUUUCUUCUAUAACUGAAAGUGAAAAUAUGAAUAUGGAUAAAAUUACCUUUUUUUUUUUCUUUGUAAAUGGCAUAUGUUUUUUCAACUUCUAUGCAUGUACUUUUAAACAAAAAAAAAAAUUUAUAUACGAGCCUUAUUUUUUCAGUUCACUUGUCUCUUCUUCCUGCAGUUUAUUCUGUAUGAUUAAAAUAUGAAUUCUAUUUUUGGAAAUAACUGUGACUCCUUUUCAAAGAUCAGGAGGGUUUUAUGUAGCAGCUAUUUUUACUG